AUGCUUGAGGAAGCUCUCUCGGAGCAAAAGGAGAUGAGGAGCGAGAUCAAACAACUGACUCAGAGGCUGGAGAACUCAGAAAAACACCAGAAGAUGCAAGACAGCCAGAUAGCCCAGAUAGCUCAGUCCAUCUCGAGAGCACAGGCAUCCCAAAGGGAUGAGGAGUUCCACCAGUUUCUGAAAAAAGUCAAAGAGAUUUGCGAUGAAGUACCAUUGUUAGAUGUGCUGCACCAGAUGCCGAAGUUCACAAAAUUUUUAAAGGGAAUCUUAUCCAAUAGAAGGCAGAAGGGCGACUUCGAGACUGUAGCACUGACAGAGAAUUGCAUCGCCCUCCUUAUGGCGAAUCCUCCACCCAAGCUUCAGGACCCAAGAAGUUUCUCCAUACCAUGCAAAAUUGGUUCUGAACUUAUACCAAGAGCUUUUUGUUACUUGGGAGCGAGUGUCAGCCUGCUCCCGUACUCUUUAUACAAUAAGCUGGGUUUCCAGAACAUUAAAUUGACCACGAUGGCACUGCAACUAGCUGACCAUUCAUGCAGGUACCCGAUGGGAAUAGUGGAGGAUGUGCCAGUUGAAGUAGGUGGAUGCAUAGUUCCUACAUAUUUCAUUAUCUUGGACAUGGGGAAGAUCCCAAGAUACCGAUCAUCCUUGGAAGAUCAUUCCUUGCCACGGCUGGAGCCAUCAUUGAUGUAA